AUGAUUCAAAAUGAGAGUCUUGAAAACGAUAAAGCCACAAGAUUGUUAAAAUCAAUAGUUUUUGAUAAACAAAAAGAAAUCAACUUUCAUUUGGACACGAUUGCUUCAUUGGAAAAGGAAUUAGAUUUAACAAAAAUUGAGAAUGAAAGAAUUGAUAAAAAGUUGAUGAGUUAUGUUGCAUCUUCUUAUGUGAUUGAUCAGAUUGUCCCAAAACAAUCAGAUGCAACACUUGUCUUUAACAGUGUGAUCAAGACCAUUGUUGACCAAGUGUUAGACGAAGAGAGUGAUAACUCAGAGUUUGAGAUUGUGAAAACACAUUUUGAGAACUCCAUUUCUGAUUCUGAAGAAGAUGGUAACUUCUUAGACAGGUAUAUACCAAAAUCAGACAAAGUCGUGAAUGAUGAUUCGAUCAUUGUGGUUUACACAAUGAGCGGAACUGACAAACUUUAUUCUGAUUUUGAGUAUCCGCUUCAAAAUACAAGAAUUGAGAAUGUUGAAAAGGUGUUUAAAUUGGUCGAGAUUGACAUUUCAGAAGUGAACAACAACACAUUUUUUUCAAAACCUAAAAAGUCUUUUGUAACUCAACAACCUAACAACUCUGGAAAGAAAGGGUCGGUGGGUAAUCAUGGUCAGAACAAAAGACAGGGUAACAACUUGAAAAAGAAAGGUGUUGGUUUUGAAAAGAAGAUGGCAAAAAAUGAGGUUAAACCAAAGGAAAGGUUAGAAGAGAUGUUUGUUGCUGGUAAGAGUACUGUUGAGGAAAAAGAGUAUAUUUUCAGUCAAAAAGCCAUUGAUGAUUUCAAUGCAACGAAGAAAUUGAGAGAUGAGUCAUACAAAUCAACUUUUGUCGAAUAUGACAAAAGAAUUUGUUAUUGCUGCAGUGAAAUUGGUCACAUGGCCAAACAAUGCAUGAAAAGAAUUGAAAACCCUGUUUUGAAAAAACCAAGACUUAAAACUCCAACUGAUAACAAGGGUAAAAAACCCAUGGUUUCCCCCGUUCGAAUCUUGAAAAGAGGAGAAUCCUUGAAGUCCGAAGAAGAGCCGAAAUCAACCUUUGAGAAUGGCGAAUCUUCGAAAACUCAUAAGACUUCAAAGAUUUACCCGAAGAUGAAAAUUUUUGAAAGCCAAUCAUGGGUGGAAAAAUCAAAACAGUCAGUUGAGGUUAAGAAGAUGGAAAAUGUUUUGAAAACUAAACCAAAAGUCUUUGAAAAUGAUGUGGAUAAACUUAAAUUUGAACUUGAUAAACUACUUGAAGAGUUUCCACCGAUUAAGAAGGAAGAUUUAAAACCAAAAGUCAAAACUGAUGUUCUAAAUGUCAUUUUUAACAUUCCGGAAGUUGAUGUGACAUGUGAUAUAGUGUUUAGUAGUGUUUCAACUGUAAAGAAAUCAUGGCCCUCAUUGUUUGGAUGA